AUGGCCCAACGCGAAAACUAUACGUUUGAAAACCACGCUUCCCUGCCUGCCGGCCUGGGUAGCACCCUCGCCAGCUACUUCCAGUCAUGGGACGACCCGCACUCCAACAACGAGUACCUCAACCUGUUCACGCCGGACAGCGAACUCGUCUUCGGCCAGACCCCUGUAAAGGGCAAAGACGGGAUCCGCGGCCUCCGCGAGGCCAUGUGUUUCGUCCUCGCGGGGCCCACUCACGAAGGGCCCGAGGUCGUCAUCAACGGCACCGUGUGGUUCAAGUUGAAGAACGGGCGGCGGGUCGACACCGAUUUCGCCAGCUGGAUCGUCUUCAAGAGGCGGCAGGGGGAGCAGCUACAGGCCGUGUUUUAUAAAGUGUACAUUGACCCGGCGGAGUUGCAGGCCGCGAUCAAGGAGAUGGUCGCCGCUGAGCAGUAG